AUGGCAGAGGAGUGCAUCCGUGUGCGCAUCGACUACGAGACCGAGACUGGUGGGAGUGGGCAUGUCCUCCUUGACCUGCAUCCCAGUUGGGCGCCCUUUUCUUGCGAUCGGUUUCUGAAGUUGGUGGACUCUCAGUUUCUGAACGGCCAGCGGUUCUGCCGCGCCAUCGAGGGUUUCGUGCUGGACUGGAACUAUGGCCCCUGCGCGGGUGCCUCCAACGGAGCGGAUCCCCACAGCCAGCUCUACCAGGAGCUGCCCUGGGCCAAGCCUGCGGAACGGGAUGCGGCUGGGAGGCGGCAGAAGAACCUGGCGGGCACCGUUUGCUUCGGCCAGGAAGACGAUGGAACCACCAAAACCGAAGUUUUCAUCAACCUGGUGGACAACUCAGCGCGCCUGGACUCCCUAGGUUUUGUACCUUUUGGUGAGGUGGUGGGUGGUUCGCGACCACUGGAAGGCUGGGAGGGAGGACAGCUCAGUGACUUCAACUUCAAAUACGGCGACAUCUUCUUUGCUGGUGGGGCUUCCCCUGAGAAGGCCCAGGUGCGAACCAAAGUGCUGGUGGCCGGAGGCAAUGGCUAUAUCGACAAGACCUAUCCGGGCUUGACCCGCAUCACCACGUGCCGGCGAUGUGAAGCAGCUCCGGCAAAGUCCGGCGACGCGUUUGCGCACCCCGGGGACCGGAACUACCGCUACGGCUUGGUGCAGUUUGCAGAAGGACAGAAGCCAGAGUUCGAAUCGAUUUGGCAGCUCUUUCGCUACCACGAUCCGGACGAGUCGGGCCACUUGUCCAAGGAAGAGUUCCAGAUGCUUUUGGCUGAGUGCCAGCACCUGGUGUCCAAGUCGACCAGUGACUUUGACCAGGUCUGGAAGGAUGCCGCAGCCUUGGCGCAAGGCCGAAGCGACUUCUUCAUCGAGGUGGAUCCAGAGCACGCGCUGCCUCAGCAGCUGCCUUUGGAUUCCCAUGCCCUCCCACGCUGCAUCCCCUUCGAAGUGCUGGAGGAUGUGGCAGUGGAGUUUGCCGUAACUCUGCUGGGCAGCUCUUUGCAGGUGGCCUCGAUCACGCUGCCUGGGGGCUUUCCGCUGACCUUGGAGGCGUUGGAGAACCGGCAAGUGAUCAAGGGCCAGUUCUCUGGUGAAGUGGUGCGGUGGAAUGCGCAGAGCGGAUGGGGCUUUAUCCGGGCUGACGAUCUGAAGCUCCUGCCGCCCUUUGCACAGGCCAAGCUGGCGCUGCGACAAAAGCUGCAGCGGGAGGCGUUUUGCCGCGGUCUGCAAAGCUGCAAGAAUUCAAGCUGA